UAAGAGCCUGUUAUUAUUAUGAUCUCGUGUUUAUGUCACUUAACAGAAACAAUUAAAAAAGAUGAAUUGACUGUUGUUAUUAAAUAUACAGCUGUUCAGUAUACUUUGUAAGAGCUUAUGUGUUAAAUGGAGAGAACUGUCAUUACUGAAUUCGUCUUCGCAUCUACAUUUGUUUAUGGCUUCUGGCUUGUGUCAAGAUUUGUGUUGUGCGCAUUAUUAUGAAGUGAAUGUAGAUAAAUAUACGCUAUACACGUAUACAUACCUACAUUUGUGAGCAACUGCUUAUACAGAAAAAGUCAUUUACCCACGUCACACUAAAAAUAUAUCUUUCUUUAUAAAUUAAUAAUGUGUUAUUGUUACGUGUUGUGAUAAUAUCAUAAGAGACGCAAUUUUUAUUUUUUUAUUGAAAUUAUUUAAUAAUUUCUAAAAAAGUUGCUGAUAAAUAAUAUAUCUUUUAAUUUAUUUUGAAACUAUAGCUGUAAAUCAUCAAGAUACAUAUAAUUAUUUUGGAAUAAAAAUGGGAAAUGUAACGAGUGGUGAAAAUAAUGAAGAUCUGGUGGACAUUCUCAAAAUUUUAGGGUACAUUAAAACAAAAAGAGUCGAACGAAUUUUUCGGACUGUUGAUAGAGGUGAUUAUGUACUACCAAGUCACAGAAGUGAAGCUUAUAAAGAUUUAUCCUGGAAAAUGGGAAAUAUUCAUCUAUCUGCACCGUGUAUAUACACUAAAGUUAUGGAAGGCUUAUCACUGGAACCAGGAUUGAGUUUUCUCAACAUAGGUUCAGGAACUGGGUAUUUGAGUACAAUGGCAGGAUUAAUUCUAAGUCGUAAUGGUACUAAUCAUGGGAUUGAAUUGAAUAGUGAUUGUAUGGAAUAUGCCUACGAAAAAUUGGAAGAAUUUAAACAAAAAUCAUUGGCUCUUGAUGAGUUUGAUUUUUGUGAACCUGUAUUUAUACAAGGAAACUGCUUAAAAUUGGAAUGCACCCGAAAAUACGAUAGAGUAUAUUGCGGUGCCGCUUGUCCCGAAUCUCAUGAAGCAUUCAUUAAACAAUUCGUUAAAGUUGGCGGAAUUUUGGUGAUGCCAUACAAGGACCACUUACUCCGUAUCGAAAGAGUUGAUACAGAUAGUUGGAAACAUAGAGUCAUGUUACCUGUUUUAUUUGCACCUCUAAUCAUGCCUAAAUCUAACUGUAUUUAUAAUAAUAGUAGUGAUGAUCAUGAUAACACUACUGAUAAAGUCAAUGAUUGCCCGAAUAGUUCACUUCUAUUACCUUUUUCCGAACCUCUAUCACUGCAAGAGUUGUGUCGAUGUGAAAUUCGAUGUCAGCUUCGUAAAAAUAUUUGGGCUGAACACCCGGAAUUGGAAGUUAACUAUCCAAUCACAGGACUCAAUAGAUCAGGACCAAAUGCUUAUCCUAUCACCGCUCAAACUACAUUGUCGAGAUAUGUCAUGCCGUUAUACGAUGAAUCGUCCGAUAACUCUCCUUACAUUACAUUAAAUGAUGACUAUGACGAUGAUGAUGAAGAUGAGGAUGAUGAUAAUGUUGAUAAUAACGAUGAUGAGGAUAAUCUCGAUAAUAAUAAUGAUGAUGAUAAUAAUGAUAACGAUGUCAAUAACAAAGAUAGAAGUUCGAAAAUUCGUUAUCGCCGAAAUAGAAAAACGAGAUUAUUUUUCUGUCUUGAACCUUCUCGCUUAGAAAAUGAGCCGAAUGAAGAAGAAGAAGAUGAAGAUGAAGGUAAUAAUGAUGAUGAUAAUUAUGAUGAUGAUGAUGAUGAAAUAGGACAAGUAACUUCAUUCAGGGUAUUGAAAAAUGUCUCACCCAAAAAAAGUAUAUUAAAUAUCUUCAACUUUGAUAAGAGUACCAUUAAUAACGACGAUAAUAAUAAAACCAAAGAUCAAGAGUUAUCGGAAAAUGCUUUUCAACCGUCUACUAGUCAGUAUUUAUCACAGGGAUGCUCAAAUAAUGAUAAUAACCAGGAAAAUUUAAAUGAUGUUCUCCUCACAUCCGCAAAGGAGUCAUUAGAUUCAUUGUUGUGUUAUUCAAACUCUCAAAUAAAUAGUGAUAGUCAGGCUAACGAAGAAACAAUGGACGUCGAUAAGGAACAACAAAAAUCGACUGAUGAAAAUUUCCAAGUUGUGGAUGAUACUAAAUCUUCCGUACUGAACCCGUCAACGUCAACCAAUAAUAUUAGAAAUGGGAUAACUAGUAAUGUUGAUAACAAUGAAGUUAAUUCGAAUACAUCUGGAUAUCAAGAAAUAUUGGACGCUAGUAACUGUAUCGACAAUAACGGCGAUGAUUCAAUGGAAUGCUUAAAUUCAAUGAAGUCGCGACAUCAACAGAAAAAUAACAAGUGGGGAAUCUCCGAUGAUUUGAAUAGUGCUGAGAGCCAUCCUUCGUUAUCAAAGCGGUCAAAGGUUAAUGACAUUGAAAAUAAUGAUGACAAUUCCCGCGAGAAACGGCCACAUCCAAGAGUUUGUGGUUAUAACGUUGAUAUCGAAUCAUUAUCUUCUCAUAUGAAAACAAAAAUAUCUCAAUUACCUUUGCCUGUAUUAUUAAGAUUAUACGUUAAUUAUAACCGUUCUUUAUAAAACUUAUAUAUAUAUGUAAUGUUGUUUGUAUAUUAAUCCAGACAUUAAAUAUUUCGAUAAAUAAAUUGUUAAGUAAAUUCAUUAAUUAAGUAUAGAAUGAAUAAUAUUAUUGUAAUUAUCAACGUUAUCGUAAACGUGUGAUACAAAACAACGACAAAACCUAAUUAAAUGUAAAUUUAAUUUUUAUAGAAAAUAAUAUAAUAUCUAUAAAAAUUUAUUAAAAAUUUUAAGAAAUAAAUUUCCUUAUUUCUUACUUGUGUAAUUUAGUCCUAUAAUAUUCUAUAUGUACAUUGUAAUUUGAGUUAUAUGUAAAAUAGGUGUGUCUGGGUUUGCGCACAGAAACUAUGUAGUAGUACGAAAUUCUUAUCGUCAUACGCGCUUUUGCUUCAACAUUGUAUUUGCGCGUGUGCACCCGGUUUCACCCAACUCACGUAUAUUCUCUAAUAAAAAAAAAAAUUAUUUAAUAAUAAAAAAUGAAAAAUUUAUCUGGUGUAUGGAAUAACUCCAUUACUAUCACUCAUUUCAAGUACUCUAUAAUUUUCACAACACUUGAAUAUGUAGAUUAAGUAGUAUGUAUUAAUAUAAUCCAUUAGUUUGCGAAUAAAAUUCAGAGAAGAAUCAAUUACAUGAGUGGCUCAAUUUCAAGUACAUAGCAUGAGUGUUUUACAUGCAAAUAUAAUUAUAGUUGUUUAUUAUUUAUAGUAAAUAAAAUAUAUGUAAGUAAAAAA